UCAUUUUGGGAUCUUAAGUUGGCCAGUUUGCUUCUCAACUGGGCGACAAAAUGACCAGCUCAUUAGCGGUUAUUGUAGGAUUUUCUUAGACUUGCCUACUCUUUCCCACAUCAGAUAGAUCUGGCAUAGCAGGAUAUAUCCCUCCAGGAUUUCACUUAAACCCCAGAGCUCUUGAAUAUCUGCUUAUAGCUCUAUCAGGAAUAAACCACGGGGAAAUUAUGGCAAUAUCGCUCUUAUACGCGCUGUGCGUGUGGAUAUGUUUAAUUUGUCUGUCGGUGGGAACGGGGUUUGUCUAUCACUUUCCAGGAGUGACUCUGCAGCGCAUCAAAUCGGAACAGAGUGGCAGCAGCGGACCGCCGGGCACCGGGUCCCAUAACCAGCUCAGGAACUGGUGUCAGUACACUGUUUCCAGGACAGUGACCUGCCAGGUGCACAACGGGACAGAGACUACAGUCCAGAGAGUGUUCCAGGGCUGCCGAUGGCCCGGACCAUGUGCCAAACUCAUCAGUUACAGGACGCUGGUCAGACCAUCAUACAAGGUUACCUACAGGCAGGUCACUGCACUGGAGUGGAGAUGCUGCCCGGGGUUUGUUGGAGAAGAGUGUCGUGAAGAGUGUAUGAACUGCACUGGUUUCACCGACAUGAACAGCAGAAUAAAUGCCAUUGAAUCCAAGAUCAAGCUGCUAGAGGAGGCAGGCUCCUCCCUACCGAUAGUCAACAGUUUACCAGAGGGCUCAACAGACAACGAGGUGGACACACCCCAGCCCACUCCCAUAGGACCCCCAUCAUACCUGUCGCCAGGAGGAAGAGGGCCUCCGGGGCCCAUUGGACCACCAGGGCUUCCUGGUUCUGCUGGACCUCCAGGACCGUCCGGGAGAGCAGGCCCGCCUGGCCCCAUGGGACCAAGAGGGGAGAGAGGUUUGUCAGGGGCACUUGGUCUCCCCGGCCCUCCUGGUCCACCAGGUCCUCCAGGGCCCAGCUUCAGCCCGUCCCGAAUGAGGGGUGACGUUUUUGAAAUAGACAAACAAGAAGAAAAUCCAGUGCGUCCAGUUCUCCCCGCCCCUGAGAUUGUUGCAGGUCCUCCUGGUCCUCCUGGCCCUGUGGGCCCCUCAGGCCCUCCAGGACCCAGAGGGCCUCCAGGGAUCCCAGGUCUCCCUGGACAAGAUGGCGUGGGAGGCCUCCAGGGCAGCGCCGGGGAUCCUGGGCCUAAAGGAGAUGUGGGAGAAAGGGGGCCUCCAGGUGUAGCAGGCGAGCAGGGUCUACCUGGGCCACCUGGGCCAAAGGGAGAACCAGGAGAGGGCUUGUCUGAGGGUGAGGCUGUGCAGCAGCUCAGAGAGGCUCUGAAGAUCCUGGCUGAGAGGGUCCUGAUACUGGAGCACAUGAUCGGCAUUCACGAAAACACAGAGGGCUCUGGUUUUGGCAGUCUGUCGGACCCCCUGUCUUUCUCUGCUAUUAAGACCAAGCGCCUGCAGCCCAUUCAAAACCCUUCUCGGCCUUUAACACCCGGAGAGAGACAAAGACGAGCUCCAGUUUAGUCCAGUUUGUGUGUGUGUGUGUGUGUGUGUAUGUGUGUAUGUGUGCGUGUGUUUGUGCAUGUGCGUGUGUGUGUGUGUGUGUGUGUGUGUAAGGAAUAAGUCUUUUGCCUGACUGGAUGUGUAAUUUUUUCUUACCAUUUUCAUACCAUUACAAAUGUAAUCUAUUUGCUUAUUGCCCUUUAUUUUUUUUCCAGAAAUUAGUCCAGUGAUAAUGCUGUAGUUGCUUAAAUUAAACUCUUUGUAAAAAUAUGAGAUGCUGAGCAUUUCAUCCAUUCAGAUACGUUGACAUGAGCGGCUACACGGCCUUUCUGACCCUAUUGCUGCAUAGUCUUUGCCCACAUAACUUCAGAAGCAGCACUUACGUGAGAUUGUACCAUGAAAUAUAAUCUCAUAAACUGUUAUGAGGGACCUGACAUCUUUCCUUCCUCAGAUAAAACACUCCCCAGUAAACACAUCAGUUCCCCUGGCUGAUCUUGUGAAACUCUGGGGGCUAUGAUGUGAGUUCCUGAGAGCUGGCCCCAAAACACACUAUUUAGUGUCAAACACAUUCUUGGACAACCUCAGGGUUCAUCUCGUGUUAUUCUCUCCCCUCUCUCCCCCUCUCCCCCUCUCUCCCUCUCUCUUCCUCUCAGCUCUGCCUUGUUAAAACUGAGGUAAGACAUGACAAGCUGCCAAGAAUAUCUACUUAAAAUAAGUUAGGUGAAAUGAAUAGCAUCUGGAGGGAGCGCAUCUGGAAAGGGAAGGAAGAGAUGCUGAAACAAUUGUGCUCUGGCCUGGCCUCGCCGACCUCGCUUGGCUCCAGUGCAUCUUCACGCGACUAGCUGAUGGUGCACUAAACCUGACAGGAUUACAUUCACUUCACCGUAACCGCCUCUGAGAUUUGUAUCCGACCCAAUAUGAUUAUUGUAUAAUAGGUCUCCAAGAGACUAGACUGUUCUCAGAAAAAAAGCACGACCUUGUCUGGUACAAUCUUCGUUUACUCAAUUAGGAAGUUCAUAUGUUAACCAUCAUCAGCUGGAAAGAGGCGGACCUGUCUGUGACUUUAGUUGUUUCUAGUCUCUUAUGCAGGACUGAGUCUACUGAUGUACCUUUUAAAGGAAUACUCCAACGUUUUGGGCAAAAUAGCCUUUUUCCAACUUACCCAGACUGAGACAAGAUGUUUGACACCAUUUU